AAAUCCCACCGCCACAAGAGCGUGAGUGCGCGCACCGCUUCCACCGCCACCGCUUCGGCUCGGCGCGCACCACUACCCGUCGUUGUCGCCUUCUUUUUGUUUCCGCUCGUGCUUUGGAGCUUGGAAAUUGGAAUCAGCCAUGAAUUCUUUAGCUCUGCUGCAGCUCCCAGCGGUCGCUAAUGGCGGCCUCCACAAGCCUCAAUCGUCCCAAAUUGGGCCCCCUCGGUCGGUUUUCCCCAAGAAACGCUCUCAGACCAGGUGCCAAUCAACUAGUAUUGAAAAGCCAAAGACGAAAAGAAAUCUGCUGGACAAUGCAAGCAACCUUCUUACUAAUUUAUUAAGUGGGGGUAUUCUUGAAACAAUGCCAGUUGCUGAUGGCGCCGUCUCUGAUCUGUUUGGUCGGCCUCUUUUCUUUUCACUCUAUGAUUGGUUUCUCGAGCAUGGUUCGGUUUACAAACUUGCUUUUGGACCAAAAUCAUUUGUUGUUGUAUCUGAUCCCAUUGUGGCAAGGCAUAUCCUUCGAGAAAAUGCGUUUUCUUAUGACAAGGGGGUUCUUGCUGAAAUCUUAGAACCAAUAAUGGGAAAAGGGCUUAUACCUGCAGAUAUUGAAACUUGGAAAAUGAGGAGAAAAGUUAUUACACCUGGAUUUCAUUCUUUGUUCCUGGAAGCUAUGGUCAAAAUUUUCACCAACUGUUCGGAGAGAACUAUAUUAAAGUUUGAUAAACUCAUUGAAAGAGAAGGCCAUGGUGAAAAAUCAAUUGAGUUGGAUCUGGAAGCUGAAUUCUCAAGUUUGGCACUUGACAUUAUUGGGUUGGGUGUAUUCAACUACGACUUUGGUUCUGUAACUAAAGAAUCUCCUGUGAUUAAGGCAGUGUAUGGAACUCUUUUUGAAGCUGAACAUCGAGCAACCUUUUACAUUCCAUAUUGGAAACUCCCUUUUGCAAGAUGGAUAGUUCCUAGGCAGCGUAAGUUCCACAAUGACCUCAAGGUUAUCAAUGACUGCCUUGAUGGACUUAUCAAAAAUGCAAAGGAGACAAGACAGGAAGCUGAUGUUGAGAAUCUUCAACAAAGAGAUUAUUCAUCUUUAAAGGAUGUCAGCAUACUGCGGUUCCUUGUUGAUAUGCGGGGUGCUGAUGUUGAUGAUCGUCAGCUUAGAGAUGAUCUCAUGACCAUGCUUAUUGCGGGGCAUGAAACAACUGCUGCUGUUCUUACAUGGGCUGCUUUUCUACUUGCCCAGAACCCCUCCAAGAUGAGAAAGGCUCAGGCAGAGGUUGAUUCUGUACUUGGUCAAGAGAAAAUGACUCUGGCAUGCCUUAAAAGACUGGAUUACAUACGACUUAUCAUUGUUGAAGCUCUUCGCCUAUACCCUCAGCCUCCUUUACUUAUCAGGCGUGCUCUCAAACCAGAUAAACUUCCUGGAGGAUACAAGGGUGAUGAAAAUGGAUAUAAAAUUCCAGCAGGGACUGAUAUAUUUCUUUCGGUAUAUAACCUCCACAGAUCACCACAUUUUUGGGACCGGCCAAAUGAAUUUGAACCAGAGAGAUUCUUAGUUCCAAAGAAGAGCGAAGACAUUGAAGGAUGGGCAGGCUUUGAUCCUGACCGAAGUGCCGGAGCAAUGUACCCGAACGAGAUAAUUGCUGAUUUUGCCUUUCUUCCCUUUGGUGGUGGGCCACGCAAAUGCGUUGGUGACCAGUUUGCACUCUUGGAAUCAACUGUAGCAUUGGCUAUGCUAUUACAGAAGUACGAUAUUGAGUUGAAAGGAUCACCAGAUGACGUUGAACCGGUCACAGGAGCAACUAUUCACACUAAAAAUGGUUUGUGGUGCAAACUGAAGAGAAGGACAUUACAACAAGUUUAAUGGUUUUGCCCAGUGGAGUUUUUGAAAGUUUGGGGGAGCCCUUCUACAUAGUAUAAUAAUUGUCGAUCUUUGCAAGAUCUUCUGGAUAAGUUACAUAAUGUAAUAUCUUCUCUUAAUUUUUAUCUUCGUUUACAAUGCUUAUUCCAGAUGUAAGAGAGCAUCUGCAAUGAAUACAAACAUAGUUCUCUCAUGGUUCUCCA